GAAGAGGAUGAAGAGGAGGAAGAGGAGAAGGAGGAGGAGAAAGAAGAAAUACAUCGAACCAUCGAUAGAAAAGAUGUUGAACACAGAGUUACAAUGUUGAGUAAUAAAUCUAAAACUUCAAAUCCUUCUCACAGAUAUUCAAGAAUAAGAACUAAAGAUGGAGGGUUACAAAGAUUUUCACAUUCAAGUUCAAGCCGUUCCACUUCGAAAGCAUCUAAUUUUCAAGACAAGGGAUCAUCUCUACGGAAAAGAAUUGGAUCAGCUCAGAAAAGAUUUGACAAUCAGCUUAGGAAUGAUAUUGGAAUACUUAUGAAGAAGCUAGAGGAUGCAACACUAGAGAACAAAACAUUAAAAAGAGUUGUAGUGAAACAAGAGAAAGAGCUUUUGAAGUUUACAAAUACUGAAAGCGAACUCCCUGUUAUACUAAAUGCUCACAAUGAAGAAAUAAGAGUCCUUAGAUCUAAAAUGAAGCAGGCUCAGGAGUCCAGUAAGAAGAUGCUAGAAAAGCUGAAAGAGAAGGAUAAACAGCUGAUGCAGCUUAGAGAUAAUAAUAAAGAGUUAACUAAACUAAAUAAGGAGAAGAAGCUUGAUGAGAGAGUUGUUCUAGCUGCAGAGUUAACAGAUGUCAGGGAGAGACUUGAAAUCAGAGAUGUUCAAUACAGAGAUUUAAUUCAUAGGCAAGAUGUACUUGAACGGAGUAACAAGCAGCAACUAGCGGCAGAAAUUAAAAGGAAAAAAGAGGCAAAGCGAAAACUAAAGGAAGCUGAAGAGCGGAUACAACAGCUUGAAGAAAUCCUAGUGGAGAAAGAGAAGAAGUUGAACCGUAUGAAUAUAUAUAGUCGAGGAGAUGGAUAUAGAUACAACCAGAUGAAAAUAUCAAGCUCAACCGGGAACCUGUCUCAGAGGGAUACAACUGGUAUUAAAAGUUUGCUUAACUCUAGAGCUGAGUUGAAGGUGAAGAAACAUCAGAAAGGAAAUUCAUUUGCAGUCAUUUCAAAUGAUUUGGAAAACAAGGAGGAAAAUGACAAUGAUUUGACUGUAAGACCUGAAAAGAAAGAACAAAAUCCGAUUCUCAAAACUCCUAAACCUAGCAAACGAAUUGAAACUGUUGAAAAACCAAACGUAAAGGUUGAAGCAUCUCCAGAAAUAGACUUUUUCGAUGAUGUUAUUGACCACACUCCAACUGACGAUGAGACUAUCAUCAAUAGUGUACAUAUUGAUGAAAACUAUGAUGAAGAUUUCGAAGAUGCAUUUGAAGUUCAUGAGAAAGAUGAUGACAGCGUGCAGGAAAGUUCUGAAGAGGACAAAUCUGAAAGUUCUUUGCCUAGAAAGAAACAUGAUGAAACUGAUACUGAAAAUGAUACAAAUUACGAGAAUGGUACUUUUUCCUCUAUAAGGGACUUUUUCGAGCAUAAUGGUCCCAUCAAAUUAAAGGACUUGACACCUAAAGUUAAGAUGACAAAAUUCGAUGAAAAAAAUUCUGAAUCCCCAAGAAAUGCUUUGGUUACACCCACACCAGAGGAUAAAGUGAGACUAUGGUUGCCUGCUGAGAGUUCUCCUAAUGAUGAAGGAUCUGAAGUAAAUCUGCUUGAAAACGUUUUAUCUAAUGGGACUGAUAAAGAAGUCCACCUAAACGAGAACAAGGAGGAGAGUUAUUUCACCGAAAACCAUCUGGAGUUGAAUUCAAUUCCUAAUGAUGAAUUGAUUUCAACGUUAUCCUCUAAACACAGUAGUAUGGGGUCCAACAAUAGCCAUCGCAGACAUAAUCUGAUGAAGGAAUUAUUCGGAACAGAUUCGAUUCUAGUAAACACUUCAAAACCUCUAAAAACGUCCUUUAGGAGUUCCGCGGGAGGAUUGAAAUCUGUCAAGUUUUCGGAAGAAAAUAUUGAAUCUUUUGAUUUUCGAGAUCCUGAUCUACGGCCCAGAUCUACUCCUCAUAUUUACCAACAAUCUUUCUGAGAUACAGGGGUCGGUGUUUGUAUCAAUACAAUGUAGACGACUUUUCUAUUUCAUGCUGUUGAAAAGCUAGGAAAAAGUCGUCGUCAUUAUAUAUAUCUAUAUAUAAAUUUGGCUUGUCUUGGUGUUUGGGUGUCUGUUUGUUUGUAUCCAAUAAACGUCAA